GACAAGAUUUGGAGAGGGACCAUGUCCUCAGCUUGGAAUACCCACCGUGUGUCAGAGCCAAUGCCAGAGAUCAUAGUAAAGAUUAUUGGAAGUAAGCACUUUCGGUACCUUGUAGAGAAGCCACAGAUCACGCAGAAUGAGAAGUUGAAGACAGAACCUCAAACCACCUUCCACAAACCCAAAAAUUCUGCAAGACAGGUGAGCAGAGACCUGCCAGGACCCACCAUCCAUUAUGAUCAGCAAAUCACUGCUAAGGCUGCUGAUAAGGAAGAAAGCAAGCACUCAAGCAACAGCCGGAAACCAGAGAGCAGUGAAAAGUUCUUAACAAGAGUCCGCAGUAACAGAUUUCUGGAUAACAGGAUUUCCCAUGAGGCGAAUGUCCACUGCAGCUCUGUUCCAACGGGAGACCAGUCUCUCUCCUAUAUACACUGUCUCCCCAGAAGAAAGUCUGGGGACUGGUCCUUGGAACAUACAGCAAAGGACAGCUCUGGCCACUCUGAGAAAUUUGCCCAAAGACCAGCUAUAAUGACAAGAGAAGAUUCCUUUCUACUCACUUUGGUCAGAAGAGAACUCAAGUCAUGUCCCUUGAGCUCCAGCCCUUUGGACAACCUUCAGAAGGAGCUGAAGACUCUGGACCCCAUCUCUUCAGGGUUUCUCCUCCAGUCACAGCUGAGCCACCUCCUCCUAAGACAUGAAGUCCCUCUGCACUUACCAACAUUGAAGCUUCUCUGCCAAAGAUUUUCUAGAAAAGAUUCACCAGAAAUGGUGAAUUAUGGAGAGCUACUCCAGUUUUUAAAAGAAGCAACUGAAGAUCAUUUACAGCAAAAUGGAACAGCUGUAUAUAGUAAGCCGAGGAAAACUCCAUGUGCCACCCCCCAUAAACACAGCACCCCGCCUCAAGGUUCCAGUUUACUGUCUGAAGUGAACAAGAGCCUGCUGGAGAUUCUGAAGAUGGCACUAAGAACAUGCCAAGGCAAACUCAACAUAGACAGCCUCAACCUGAGUCUUCGAAAAGAAGAUCACUCGUUCUCUGGCUGCCUCCCCGUCCCCAAGGUCAGGGCUAUAUGUGGCAAGCAUGGAUUAUAUCUAACCUGGACCCUGCUGGAAACAUUGCUUAACCACCAAGACUUGGGUUACCAAGGUGAAAUAAAGUGGCAGAACUUUGUCAAGUGGCUGAAUAGGGCGUCUUCCGAUUUGGUGUGUGAUGUGCCAGCAGGGAAAAAUGAGAAGGAAACCCCAGCCAACUUGGUGGAAGUCCCCAAGAGAUGCCAAAGCCGAGCUGAACGUGUGAAAACUCCAGAAAAGAAUCUGUGGCCAGAGAACCGAGCUGCUGUGACUUCAGCCCCACAGAACCCUGUGAACUCCUUUAAGGGGAGGCCAGUAUCUGAGCCUGCUGUGAGCCCAGCCUUGAGGAGGGAAGAAGAACAGCCUGAGCUCUGGAUAGACAGGUUCCGGAAGAUGGAAAAUGCCCUUUACUUGUGUGACAUGAGCAACACAGGAGUUCUGGAGAAGAAGCAGGCCAGGCGCCUCAUUCACAACUACAAUCUCAUUUACAACUUGUCUUUGAGUCCUCGGAGAAUAGAUCAAGCCUUGCGAAGAUUCCGUUCAGGGGAAAACCUCAUCUUGGAGCCAGCACUUCAGUACUUAAAGGAGCUGUGAGAAGAAGUAUGCGCUGUGAGAGCAGAUUUUCUCUCGUUCCUCCCUUUUACAAGGCAUGUGUUUCUUCUCAGUGUGAGUGCUGGGCAGAAGCUGUGUCAAAGCUGGGGCAGAGGCAGCUGCUCCAGCCACUUUGACUUGGACCAGGCUAUGAUAAGGAACACUUCCCAGUGAUCAGGGAGACCCAGCUUUUUCUAAUACAACAAAACUCCAAUCACUUAAAGUGCCCUUCUGUUCUUACAGUGCUUAUUAUCAGUGUGUUUGAUAUUUGUUUCUACAUUGCUAGCAAACUGUGUGGAAACACAGCAUGAGUCCAUGUGUCAAAAGCACGCAGAAUGUUGAUCACUCACCAGAACACCUGGUAAAGAGUGGACCUCAGUAGAUCUUUUUGUUGGGUUUGGUUUUGUGACAAGGUCUAAAUACAUAGUCCAGACUGGCCUUCAAUUUGUAACGUUACUGCCUUAUAUUCUUGAGGAGUUCAAUCCAUAAUUUCCUAUGUGGGAAAUAUACCAUUAUGCUCAUCACUGUUGUAGGAAGAAUUUCCACUGUAAGAAAAAUAAAAGCCAGGUGGAGGUGGCACGUGCCUUUAAUCCCAGUAUACAGAAGGCAGAGACAAGUAGAUCUCUGAGUUUGAG